UUCCUCCCUGGUAACUAUCCAAUAUGGUGGACAAAGAGGACGCUAUCAGACAUAAUAUAUAAAAAAGUACAUUGUUAUUCGGUUUAAACUCUAAAGAAGUACAAAAUAAAAGGUUCACACUACGAACGAUAAAAUGUCAGCAUCUAAGAAGACUAUGGCAACCGUAAAAGAGGCAAGGGAGCUUUACGAGCUGAAAGAACGUGCUGCAAAAUUUUACGCGGAAAAUGGCGUUCCACAAAAAAUGGAAGAAAUUCUUAAUUCGAUGUUCUAUGACAAUCCUGCAGAUGUAUACGGGCACUUGGCAAAUUACUUCCAAGGAUUUUCAAGGACACCCACAAUCACAAAGGUUCGGGCCAGGACAGCGAUUGAUGGCAAAGGUCAGAACUCUAUACAGACUGACAUAUUUUUUGAAAACAAUAAA